AUGUCCAAGCUUGAAACUUAUGCUUGGGAGAGCUAUGACCGCAUGCUCAGCGGUGGCGGCGACGGAGACUCCUUUGGAGUGCAUAUUGAGUACAUGGACUUGUAUAAGACGGUUGUUUUCCUAGUGGCCAUCUAUGCGAGUGGUCAAAUUGCCUCCCGUUUCUUGAGAAUGCCCGACUUGGUCGGAGAGAUUAUUUGUGGUAUUGUCAUGGGACCGGAACUGCUGGACUUUGUACACAACACUGAAGCAUGGGUCAUGUUUGGUGAAUUAGGUCUGGUUCUUCUUGUCAUUGAAGCUGGCAUUGAUAUUGAUUUGAGUACACUUAAGCUGAUUGGAACCAGAGGCUGUUUGAUUGCUUUUUUCGGAAGUAUUCUUCCGAUUGGUCUGGGAAUGCUGAUUACAUGGGCCUUGGGAAUGACAGAUACCAAAGAGAUCAUUGCUGCAGGUUCUGUCUUUGGACCAACUUCCUUGGGAAUCGCCCUUAAUAUAUUGAGAAAUGGAGGCAUUCUGAAUACUCCCGUCGGUCAACUUAUCAUUUCGGCUGCCGUCAUUGACGAUAUGAUCGCUCUGGUGGUACUGUCGCAACUCAAGGCGCUGUCGGGAGAGAUCACUGCUGCCGGAAUUUUGAUUCCAAUUGUCAGCGCCAUUGGAUUUUUGAUUAUCGGAGGUUAUGUUGCUAUCUUCAUCCUACCACCAAUCAUUCGCAACCAUAUUUUGAGUCGUGUCGAUGAAAAGCAUCACGCCAAAGUGGAGCUUGGUAUCAUGUUUUUCCUUGUACUCGCUCUUAUGCCUGCCACAUAUUAUGCCAAGGCAUCCUACCUGAUGGGAUGUUUCGUGGCCGGAUUGACGUUCUGCUCCUUCCAUGAAUUGCAUCAUGCCUUUGUGCGUCAGUUCAAACGUUUGCUGCAAUGGCUUAUGCGAAUCUUCUUUGCUGCCAGUAUUGGUUUCCAAGUUCCCGUUCAGAGUUUCAAUGAUGCAGAAGUCAUCUGGCAGGGAUUGGUGUACACAUUGGCACUGAUUGGAAAAGUUGGUGUCGGUUUCAUGGUCCCAAAUUUCUCGAUUGAUGCACGUUUUACUGGAAAGCAUUUAAGAGACUGUUUGAUUACUGGUUUCUCCAUGGCUGCGGAAGGAGAAUUUGCCUUUGUAAUCGCAGUGUUUGCCGUUGGUGACGGUCUGUUUGAUAAAAAGUUGUACGCCAAAGUUGUCCUAGCGGUCUUACUUUCCACCAUCGUUCCGCCCUUUUUGCUUCGAUUCACCAUUUCGUACUACAACAAGAAGGGUGAAGAAGCUGUCGAGGACGCGGCAAAGGAAGAAGACAACCGACGCAACACUAAAACCUCACAACCAAAUGACGCAGAUAUUGUGCAUGGUAUUUUGCAAGGGAGCACUAUCUUCCUUUGUAUUCAAACGCAGUGUGAAUCCAAAUGGGGUUUGUUGAAUGCAAUCAUGGGCACAAUGGCCAAGAAAAAUUUGGAUGUUAUUGAUCAUCGCGCCUGGAGUCCACGUGGUAUCCAUACUACGCUUGUCAACGAAGUAUACGCUCGAACAAAGGUGUCGCCAGAAUAUAAGGAUGGCGAGGAUCCCACGGCAGCUAUCGAACAUGCAACGGAAGUUUUGAUGAAGGAUGUUGAUGCGGCUCUCUCUCGUGCUAUUGGCCAACCAGGAGUUGCAAAGGUAAAGGUUCAACGGUGGUACCCUGGUGUCAUUCAAGAAAUCUGUGAAGAAGUGGACGAAAAGAGUCACAAGAAUGUCACCCAACGCCUUUUGAAAGAAGCCAGUUCAACCCUUGAGCGAAGACAAUCAAUCCAAACUAUGGCAACUGUGCAGAAGUCUAUCGAGCAAAUUAUGGGUGACGGAGAAACAGCAAAACCAGAGGCUCCCGCCCCUCAAGGGAUGCCAGCCCCAGCAGCCGAGAAACCAAAACCACGACGCCGUGUCCGCCAAAAGAUGAGAAGUACCCCUGUUGUUGGUGGUGGAUUGUUCGGUGAAGCGGUCGAGGCCAAGAGUGGCCGUGACGGGUCGACUCGAAUCAGUGAUUUCAACAAGAAGAAGGGAGACGGCCUUGAUUGGACGUUUGGAAGUGGACAGACUGGAAUUCCUGCAGACAUCACAGUCAAGGGAGAAGUAUAUUCCAUUCGCAUUGGACGAGACACUUGGAAGGACCUUCAGAAGGGCUUCCAUGGCCAAAUGGUUGAUCAUCGGGGUAUUGAGAUCUCGCAGAUGAAUAUUGAAGCUAGCGAUGAUGCUCCAAUUGUGCAACGAUUGACUGGUUUUGUUCGAAACAUGCCUUUGCGAAGUAUCUCUGAAGACGAUAGUCACCUGGACAGUGUUUCAGAAAGAUCGCUAGAAAGUUCCAGACAUGGUGAUGGCCAAGCUGGACUAUCAACCACAGCUUCCAUGGACAACGAUGAUACGAUCGAGCACAAAGUGUAA